ACUCUACGUUGGCAACAAUGCGCAAUGACAGGCCGAUUUCCAAAUGACAAGUGUAAACGAAUGUAAUUAAAUUUUAUAGAAUUAUUCUUGAAUUAAACCUGAAUUACUUGUUGUCAAGUAGAGAAGAUAACGGAUAAAUCGAUAAUAGUGUCAUUUCCUUCAAUGCACGUAAUUGUAAUGUUGCAAAAUGGAACAAUUCAAUAAAGCCAACUAACACCUCCCGACCUUCUAAGCCACCAACUAACCCUUUUUUAUAAAAUAUGAGUAAAAAGAAAGACGGUAAAAUUACAUUAGGAAUGUUAAAAGGUAAACCAGUCACCACUUCAGUUCCUACGAUUUCCAUCAAAUUUCACGCAAAUGCAGAACAGUUAGAGGAAUUGUACGCGAGCGACGAUGAACACACCAACGAUACCACGACAGCCCCCACGGGGGCGGCAGGAGUUAGUGAGCCCGAGAGUAGCCCCUUGAAGUUGCUCCCUCGUCUGGUGAAGCGGUCAACGAGUAUAGACAUCACCCCAAACCCCAAUAUUGAUGCUUCGCCCCCUUCAGACCCGUGGCGAUUUUUCUCCGAUAUCAAAGGUAAAAUAACGAAAAGUGUCGAGGAUAAAAUCACUGAAAUAAAAUCGCGCAAUCAUGAAGAAGGUUCACCGCUUCGAACCUCGAAAGUAAAAGAUAGUAAAGAAAAUUCGAGUUUGUCCGAUUCGGAGGAUUUAUCUGAGAGUAGUAUAUCGAAAACUUGUGGUAUUUUUUCGACAACUGAAGGCGCGGAAAUGUCGAGUGACGAUGAUGACACUCCCUCGAUCGAAAAGGAUCGAAAUGUGGGUUUGAGACAACGAUUCAGGUUGCUCAAGUCGAAGACAGGGGGCGCUAGAGAAGGGACAAUCAGUCGGAAGAAUUUAGCGAGUAUUUAUAGCAUAAAUAAUGAUAAAAUCGAGCAAGCUUUGCCUGAAGAAAAUGACAUUGAGAGUGCCGUGGAUGCGUUGGAAGAAAUCGGCGCGAAUUUUAAAAUUCUCAAAGAGAUUGAGCACGAUUUUGAUAAUAUUAAAAUCGACGAGGAGAAUGUUGUUAAUAUUAAGGAAGUGAGUGGUGAUGAAAUGAAGGAAAAAUCCAUUGUUUAUGCACCGGUGGGUUUUGUGGAUUUGAGAGGGAGGAAUACAAUUGAAGGAAAAAAAAAUAUUUCCACUAAAGGGUUUCACUUUAUUGCAGUUCUCUUCUUCUAUGUUUUGAUUCAUAGUUAUUCGAGUUAUUUGGCUGGUUUUUUGAUCGGUGUUUUUGUGACUUGUGUUUUUUAUUAUGUGAAAAUUUUACUCGAGACUCCGGCUAAAAGUCCGCCGAUUGCCGUUCCGACUUCUCGAGAUAUUUUGCAAAUUCCAGCAGUGAAAGAAUUUCAACCGUUGACUAAAUACGAGGGUUGGGUUAACGAAUUUCCCGAUAAUUACAACCCCCACACUUAUCACAUAAGUCAGACUCAAUCGGUGUUUUUGCGUCUGCAAGGCAAUCUCCUUCGGUUGAGUCACACUAAAUCGAAAGUGGCGAAAAGGGCGCUUUGGAACGAGCCGAAAAUCAAACCGAUUUUUACACAUCAUCGUGUUUAUAAUUUGUCUGGGGCUCAAGUGGAGUUGUUGCCUGUGGGGUUGGCGAAAAAGCGACAUUGGAGUAAGAAAUACCCAAUUUGUGUCACGUUGAAUAAGGACCAAAUGGAUUUUGUUGAAUCGCCGAUUGAGAAAAAACGGAAUCAAGGGAGUAAGAAAAAGUUCUCGAUUUUGGCACAAAGGUUUAGUAAAUUGACGGAGGAGGAGAAUGAGGAUUUUGAGGGGGAUUCGGAGAAUUCGAGGGCGAGUAGUCCCUCACCUCUCUCACCAGAUGAUUCGGAUGAUAAAUUGUUAAAUGAAGCUUUGGACGAUGCGUUGAAAGAUGAGGAAAAUGAAGGGUUACUCGACGAUGAGUUUGAUUCAAUUCCGGACGAUUGGAGUGCUCUAACACCACCAGAUGAAAGUCCAACUCAAACGAAAUUAUUUUUGUUCGGACGAACUGAUCGAGAGAAAGAAGACUGGUUUAGGAGACUUAAAGCGGCCACUCACAAAGGGGGCAACUUACCCUCAAGUGACACAAGUGAAGUUUUGACCGAAACCGACUACAUAAAAUAUAUGAUGAUUUUCAAUAAAAUUAAGGUCGAAAGUGACGUUCAGUGGAUCAACUCUUUGGUGGGACGAGUCUUUUUCGAUUGUUUGCGCGACGAGAAUUUCACUCAAGGACUCAAGGAUAAAAUCCAGAGUAAAUUAUCGUCGAUUAAGCUUCCCUAUUUCAUUGAAGGUUUAAUGGUGACUGAGCUAAAUCUGGGUAAAACCCCCCCAGUGAUCCACAAAGCCACCAAACCGAAUUUAGACGAACGCGGCUUGUGGAUCGAUCUCGAUGUAACAUACGAAGGUUUAGUCGUCUUAAUUUUACAAACAAAACUCAAUUUAAUGAAACUAAAACAGCCCCACUCGAACGAAACCACCAAAGAACGUUCAGCCAUGUUCAAUUCCGACGUGGAGGAUUCCCCCGAAAGCACCUCCGAUGAGGAAACCCCCAUUUUCCCCAAUCCUCCAACACUCGAGUCCGGUAAUACGAGUAAAAAAUUCAUCAAAAUGGUAGAUCGCAUAGCCGAAUCCAAGUUUUUCCAAGCUGCGACCGAAUAUAGAUACAUCAAGAAGGCAAUGGAAGGGGUUUCCAACACCGAUUUGCGACUCAAAGUCGAGAUUAAAGAGUUGGUGGGGACGUUAGUUUUGAAUAUUCCAUCGCCGCCUAGUGACCGGAUUUGGAUUGGGUUUAGGCCAACCCCCGAGCUGGCUCUGGGGGCGCAACCCAUCGUCGGUGAACGGAAUAUAACCUUCCUGAGGAUCACCAGUUGGAUUGAGAAGAAAUUGCGUUUGGAAUUUCAGAAAUUGCUGGUGAUACCCAACAUGGAAGACUUUAUUGUACCUGUGAUGACUCCCAAAUUACCCGAAUAAGUGAUAAUAGUACAGGGCACGCUUUCGUCUAGUCUCGAUGUGAAUAAAACCUUCAUUUUUCUAUUUUGCGUCAA